CAGCAAUUAAUGUAGGUCUGAUAACGCAGUUUCUCUCUGUGUGAAACAUGCAGGUCCACAUAUGCAUUCAGUAUACUCAAUAAAUGACGAAAAUAUGAAAUUUACGAAGUUUAUAUUAUUACAGGAACUGCAAUUAAGAUGUAUCUUAUCAUCCUUUUUGGCGUAGUCGGCAAAUUGGCGUUGGUUUCCGGUCAAUGUGAUCUUGGUACUCCAAAACUGGAAAAUGUUGAUUGGAAUGAAUUGACAGGUAAAUGGUACUGGCUCUAUCACACAUCGAAUAAAGUAGAAGACAAUUUAGACUGUGUUCGUACCAUUUACGCGUUCAGCCUCAAUGGAAUUUCAGUUUUCAACACCGUAUAUAAUAAGAGGAAACAGCGUAAAGUUACAUUCGCUAGAGAAGCUUCUAACUUUAGAACAAACGGAUACUUUAACAUUCUCACCGCCAAAUGUAAGUACGAACUGAAGUGUCCAGUUACAUUUUAUUCAGGAAACAAUACCAAACGCUUUCACGAAGAAAGUAAACUGUGUCAUAUAAGGCUUGGGCCACACGACCGUACAAAGUACGUAAGUUUUAACGCACAUCGUGACGUCAGUCAUAAAAUUAUGAUUUGUAAGUACAGACAAUGCUAUUUUUUUCUUUCUAAAUCCUUUCAAGCUGCCACGGUAAUUGGCGGUCGGUUGGUGUCCUCACCUACGUCCGGUGCAACGGACGUACUUUGUUCGGUCUUGUGGACCCAGCCUAAGUUCCCUCUGAAGCCAGUUUGAA